AUGGCCAUCGUCGAGGCGAAGGACACUGUCGACAUCCCAGCCAUUGAUGUCCCGACGUAUGUCUUCACGGCUGGGACUGAAGACUCAAGAUCGAUACCGCAAUACUUCGAUGCCGAUUUGCCUUCGAGAAAUUUCAGUGUCAAGGAAGCAGAGACCUUUGCAAAACAAUUUGCUAAAGGACUGCAAAUACGAGGAUUGAAGCCGAAUGAGAAAGUCCUUCUCUACUCUCCGAAUGAUCUCUGUGUCUUUACUGGCAUAACGGGGGCGGCAUUACCAUCUGAACUGGCUUAUCAGGUGAAAAACUCAGAGGCCAGACUAGUUGUUGCUGCCCCAGACAAACUCGAGCAUGCAAUCAAAGGGGCUGCUCAAGCUGGACUGCCAAAGGCGAGUGUGGUUGCUUUUGCCAAUACCCCGGAAGAUGAAGUUCUUGCCAGAUCUCAUGGAGUGCUUUCAUGGCGAGAUUUGUGGGUACCCGAAGAGGAGGUCAAGGACUUUCACUGGCGAUCGUUCAGUACGAAGGACGAAGCUAUGAAUACGACUGCUGUCAUCAACUAUUCGAGCGGCCAUUACAACCUUGUUGCGAACAACGUUCAGUCGUUUUGGAAGCAUAUGAAAGUUGGCAUAACCAAAGCUGGUAAGCAGAGAGCUCAAAGACUAGAUGAGAACGGUCAUCGAUGGCUCGCGAACAUACCCAUGUAUCACGCUUUCGGCCAAACUCAAUUCUGCAUGCUUGCGCCUUUGACUGGUGCGAAAGUCUACGUAAUGAGACAAUACACCAUGGAGAAGUACAUGCUUUACAACGACAUAUACCGAAUAACCCGAAUGACCUCGGUCCCCACGAUCAUGGUCAUGAUCGCUAAGAAUAAGCGCUCCCCUCUAUACAACUGGAACGCCAUCGAAGACAUCAUCUGCGGAUCCUCGCCACUCUCACAGGACACGAAAGAUGACGUUCAGAAGCUUCUUCGGCCUGGAUUCGUCGUACGGCAAGGCUACGGAAUGACAGAAUGCACGACUGCCGCGACGAACUGGGAACCGGAUGAGCACGACGAUGAAGGCAACUCGAUUGGUCGACUAUACCCCAACAUGGCAGGCAAAGUUCGAGCGGUUGAGGAUCGCGAUUUCAGUCAUUUGGGUAUCAAGCAUGAGAUUGGUGAACUGAUGUGGUCUGGGCCGAACAUCAUGAAGGGGUAUUACAAGAACAAGAAGGCUACCGACGAUACGAUUAUUCAUGAAGAUGGCAAGCGGUGGCUGUGCUCGGGUGAUAUUGGGUAUUGCGAUGAGAAGGGGCGCUGGUAUAUCGUGGAUCGUCUGAAGGCACCAGCUGAGAUCGAAGGAGUUCUACUGGAACGCGACGAUGUGCAAGAUGCAGCCGUUGUUGGGCACAAGAAAAACGACGGCUACGAAUAUCCGAGAGCAUUCAUCGUACGAAAGAGCGAUUCUCUCACAGAAGACCAGAUCAUCAAACACGUCCAGAGCAAGCUUUCAAAGCACAAGUGGCUCGAAGGUGGAGUCAUCUUCAUGGACGAGCUUCCCAGAAACCCAUCUGGCAAGAUCUUGCGUCGAAAGCUGCAGGAGUCUCACAGCUCUGAACAGACGAAGUUGUGA